AUGGAGGGCCUGGCAGAGGUACCCCACGAGGAUACAGCUCGGGUCGGCGCCCCUCCCGGCUUCGUACACCGCCACCCCAGAGGCCAAGCACGUCAAGAGCGGACUACUUGCUUUUACCGUGGCUUUAAGUACACUCGAGCAUGGACAUCCUCGCGCAAGAUUGCAUAUCGGUGCUCCAGAUUUCGCAGUGGCUGCCGUGGCACGCUCGAGUUCACAAUCGCUACCAUGGGCUUCUCUGCGGUGCGACCGCAUACCUGUCGUGAUGCUGUUCCUGCCCCUGGCAGAAUUGAAGACGUUACGAUGGAAAUGAUGAGCCGAGCUGAUGCUUUGGCAAUUGAGCAAGUUGCCCGUCCUGCUCGUCAGAUUUGGGAGGCUCUACGUGAUGAGUUUUAUGGUGCUGACAACGGCAACGUGGUAAGGGGGCUCUCGGAGUUGCAAGUGCAACGCCACAUUAAUCGGGCGAGACACCAACACUUUAGUGGAGACGUUCAUGGUGCGAUUGAAAUUCCACCGCUCUCGUUAGCUCUUGAUGAGGCUGUUUCCUUCUUUCAGUUUCAUUACGUGACGAUUAACAACGAAAACCUUAACAAGCCCACACGGUUGUUAGACUAG